AUGGGAGGUGGUUCUAGCAAGGAGGAUGAAAAUCAAGUGAAUCUCGAUAAGUAUUUAUAAAGUGCAGAAUAUAAAUAAAAACUAAAUGCUGUUUAUUCAGGAUAUAAUAAUCAAUAAUAAGCUCUGCAUGUUCCAUAACAUUAGGAUGAUGAUGAUGAUUACAUUAACGAUGGUUAUUAAGGGAUAUAAAUAAAAACAAAGCCAUAGAUCGCCACCAUUUAGUCAACGACUCUUAGUGCUCAAUAGAAUGAUGUCUAUAUAAUUAAAUCAUCAUUUAAAUUUAUUUAAAUAGGAGAGACAACCUAUUAAUUAGCAUUCUUAUAUACUUGUCCAGAACAAACCUAGGUCGAUGUGUGGUUUUUGGGUCAAGAGAAUUUGAAAACAGGGGAAAUUACAUCUCUUUACGGAAAUACCUAAUUAUAAAAACAAAUCUAAGGCUUCUAUGUUCAAAAGGGAUAAAACCAGGAUUUUUCAUAAAACAAAGUGAUUCUUGAUUUGAAAUUAAUAAAAAUCGAAUCUAUGAAGUAAUAUCAGAUGAAAUAGGAUGAAUUUUCAUUUCCACUCAUAGUCAAAAUUUCAAAAGUCAAUCUAGAUCAUUCCUUUACUUAUUAUUGCACCGUGGAAAGGAGUCAAAACCAAUUAGUUGCAUAAUGUAUGGGAAGCAAAUUGAGAAUCAAUGGUAAAGAGUUCUUGACUAAGGAUGUUUAUGGGAUGAAUGAUAGUGUCUUAGGGAAGAAGGAUGACAAUGAAAAGGAACCUUGCAGAAUUUGCUUAACGAAUAUCAUCGAUACCAUGAUUUAACCAUGUCAACAUGUCAUUUUAUGUUAGGAAUGCUGUUAGAAUUUGAGGAUGACAGGCCAGAGAUGUCCGAUAUGCAGAUCAGAGAUUAAGGAGUUUAUUAUAAUUGCAAAAGCAAAUUGA